UUUUUUUUGAUUGGAAUGAUCAAACUUUAUUAUAGAACGGUAAUACCAUCUUUAUGGUUGAGUUAUAAUUGGGCGCCAAAGUAUGAACAAAAUGAAGUUGAUGUUUCAACGGUUACUCCGACGGAAGAAUUUCAUCAUUUGGCGCUUCAAUCCUUUUUCAACAAUACCCAUUACAUCUUCUUUGUCAUCAACAAAUCCUGUUUCUUCAUAUGAUCAUGGGCAUUACCCAUCGUUUUCUGUCUCCUCAUAUAAUCUUCAGCAAUCCAAUUCUAACUACGAAAUUCGGGACUUUCUUGUCAACAGGUACCAGCAUUCUUGUACCCGAAUUGAAGCUAAUCAGCUUCAUCUUGGGGUGUAUAAACAUGGGUUUAAAGCAGAUUUAUUUUUGGUCAAUUCCAUCAUCAAUUUGUAUGCUAGAAUUGGUGACCUUAAUUCUGCACGCCAGGUGUUCGAUGAAAUUUCCGAAAGAAAUUUAGUUACUUGGGCAUGUUUGAUUUCUGGUUAUGGUCAAAAUGGUAUGCCAUUUGCAGCUUGUGUUGCUUUUAGGGAUAUGAUUUCUGCGGGUUUUGCUCCUAAUAAUUAUGCUUUUGGUAGUGUCUUGCGCGCUUGUCAAGAGUUGGGUAGUGAUUAUCUUAAGUUUGGAAUGCAAAUUCAUGGUUUGAUAGCUAAAAUUAGCUUUUCUCAUAAUGUGCUUGUUAAUAAUGUGUUGAUAUCCAUGUAUGGAAGUUGUUGUUUGGAGUCAUGUGAUAGUGCAAGGCGAGUGUUUGAUGAAAUAGAUGGGAGGAUUUUAGUAUCUUGGAAUUCUAUUAUUUCAGUGUACUCGAAAAGAGGAGAUGCAUAUGGCGCUUUUAAGAUUUUCUCUAGGAUGCAACAUGAAGGUUCAGAGUUCGAUUUUAAGCCUAAUGCUUAUACAUUGAGUAGCUUAAUUGCUGCUGUGUCUUCUUCUCCGUAUUCUAGUUCAUACUUGCUUCAGCAAAUAGCUUCAAGGGUGCAAAAAUCUGGAUUUCUGCAAGAUUUAUAUGUAGGAAGUGCAUUAGUCAGUGCUUUUGCGAAGUCCGGUUUGAUUGACGAUUCUUGGAAAGUUUUGGAGUGUAUGAGUGCUAGAAAUGCAGUCACGGUGAAUGGAUUUAUGGUUGGUUUAGUGAAUCAAAAGAGAGGAGAAGAAGCUGUUAGUGUUUUUAAGCAGAUGAAACAUUUGGUUCAAGCCAAUCCAGACUCCUACGUGGUCCUAUUAAGUGCUUUUUCCGAAUUCACUGAUUUGGAGGAAGGGAUACGAAAGGGUAAAGAACUUCACGCAUACGCUAUGAGAAGUGGCUUAGUGGGUGCUAACAUUUCAGUUUUCAAUGCUUUGAUUAACAUGUAUGCUAAAUGUGGUGCUAUAGGUAGUGCGUCUGCUGUCUUUGAACAAAUGGGUACGAGAGACUUGGUUUCAUGGAACUCACUAAUAGCUGGUCUUGAUCAAAAUCAACUGUUCGAAGAAGCCGUAACAAGUUUCUGCUGUAUGAAGAGAACUGGGAUGAAGCCCACGAAUUUCGCGUUGAUAAGUUGUUUGAGUUCAUGUGCAAGCUUAGGUUGGCUGAGACAAGGUCGAAGUGUUCAUGCAGAAGCGCUUAAAUUAGGACUUGAUUCUGAUAUCUCGGUUUCCAAUUCACUUCUAUCUUUAUAUGCAGAUACAAGAAGUUUCAAUGAUUCCGGGAAAAUAUUUUGUUUGAUGCCUGAGCACGAUCAAGUUUCUUGGAAUUCUAUUAUUGGUGCAUUAGCUGAUUCAGAAGCGACUGCAUUUGAAGCUGUAAUGUACUUCCUUGACAUGAUCCGAUUGGGCUGGAAGCUUGAUGGGGUAACCUUAAUUAACAUUCUUUCUGCAAUAUCAUCUGACCCUCUUUCACUUUCUGAAUUAGGCCCUCAGAUUCAUGUGUUAGCAUUCAAAUAUUGCUUUGCAAAUAACAUCGCAGUUGAAAAUGCUCUUAUCGCUUGCUACGGAAAAUCCAGCAGGAUGGAAGACUGUGAAUCAGUAUUUUCGAGAAUGGCUCGAAAAGAUGAGAUUAGUUGGAACUCUAUGAUAUCUGGUUGCAUACAUAAUGAGCAGUUAUCGAAAGCCGUCGAUCUAGUGUGGUUCAUGAUGCAAAGUGGUAAGAGGUUGGAUCAUUUUGCGUUUGCGACUGUUCUAAGCGCAUGUGCCUCUGUUGCUACUCUGGAGCGUGGUAUGGAGGUUCAUGCUUGUCAAAUAAGGGCCUGUCUGGAAUCUGAUGUCGUGGUGGGAAGUGCGAUUGUUGACAUGUAUGCAAAGUGUGGAAGGAUAGACUACGCUUCAAAAUUCUUUCAACGGAUGCCUGUAAAAAAUCUAUAUUCUUGGAAUACCAUGAUAUCGGGUUAUGCACGCCAUGGAUUUGCAGGUAAAGCUUUAGAGAUUUUUGAUCGAAUGAAGGAAGAAGGGCAAUCACCAAAUGAAGUUACAUUUGUUGGAAUCUUAUCUGCUUGUAGUCAUGGUGGUUUAGUUGAAAAGGGUUUUGAACUUUUUGAGUCUAUGAGCAAUGAUUAUGGAUUGGCUCCUCAUAUGGAGCACUUUUCGUGCAUGGUAGAUCUCCUUGGCCGGUCCGGUAAGCUAGAUAAAGUUGAAGAUUUUAUAAACAAAAUGCCUAUAGAACCAAAUGCUCUUAUUUGGAGAACAGUUUUGGGGUCUUGCUGCCGAACCAAUGGUCGAAACAAUGAGUUGGGUAGGCGUGCUGCAGAGACGCUUUCGCAGCUAGAGCCAGAAAAUGGCACGAAUUAUGUGCUGCUUGCAAACAUGUAUGCUGCUGGAGCAAAGUGGGAAAACACAGAGGUUGCCAGGUCUGCAAUAGGUUUAGUUGAUGCAAAGAAACAAGCCGGAUGCAGUUGGGUUUGAAUAGUGAAACAUAAUUUGCUAGUUAGUUCGCCUUUUGGAUUCGCAAUUCACUCAAAAUGGUUCAAAAAUAGCCUAAAAAUCGACCAUGAUUCGCUUUUUCCGAUUCGUGAUUCGCAAGGCGAUUAGCAAAUCAUGUGACACUGGGUUUGAAGGAUGCCAUUCAUGUAUUUCAGUAUUUGUUGACCGAGACUAAUCACACCCCGAAAAAGAUACAAUUAAUGAAAAAAUUGAAGACCAGCCGAGUAAGAUGAGAAAUACUGAUGAUGUGCCAUUGACAAUUUAUAAUCUUAAAUUGAAGAGCAAGGAGGAACUACUGAGUUAUCACUGUGAGAAUUUGGCUAUUGUUUUUGUUUUUAGUCGCUGAUUAACCUCUACCAUAGGGUAAUGAAAAAUCUGCAAGUAUGUGGCAACCAAUGAAACAUAAUUCGCUAGUUAGUUCGCCUAUUUGGAUUCGCGAUUCGCUCAAAAUGGUUUAGAAAUAGCCUAAAACCGACCAUAAUUCGCUUUUUUUAUCUGUGAUUUGCAAGGCAAUUAGCGAAUUAUAUGACACUAGUGGCAACUGUCACUCUGCCUUUUGAUAAAUACUGCAUAUUGUUGGUUACCAAAUUGUUUAGUGAGCCUCUAAUCAUUUUUUAUGGUCAAUGUUUGGGGCAAAUUCUGGAUACUAGUAAAGGGCGGGCCAAACAAUCGUCUCUACAUGUAUGCUAAACCAACUCGACUGUCGGUAUCUUGCGUGCAAGUAGGUUCUCGUCAGCAGAAAGAAUCAAUCUGCUCCUAAACGAAUUGCAUCACGCCUUGAGCCUAACAAGGCAACAAUAGUAGAAUCCCGCUAAAUAUGUGCAUCAAAAGUUGCAGCUUUUAUCUCGGAGUACUAUGUGAAACAAGAGUCAAAAUGGGCAAGCAAUUAUAUCAGAUUCUGUAGAGCACAGUUUUGAACACCGGCUUUAGAAGAGCACUAUUCGUAGUGAAGCAUGGUCAAACUCAAGGGCUUGUUGCUCCGUCUUAACUAGCAGUUCUGCGUAUGAAAUGUUCGAUGUGAAUUCCUCACCGGGUGAAGUUUUAAAUUGCCUGCUGACUGCCGUAGCCUUGUUCAGGUCGUUUUCUUCUUUAUUGUAUUUUGUUCAAGUUGUCGAUCUACUUGACGCACUUGCUUGCGAUUUCUGUUCAUUCCUUUGUUACUCGGACACUUCUACCUCAAGUAUCUGUCGUAUAAUGAUGCAAUGCAUUAGGAACAAUUCUGAAAUAUUAAGAAUCAGAUAACUGAGUUCGUAUUCUUUUCUUUUUCAACCAUCACGAGUUGAUUUCUGGUGAUACAAGAAUCGGAGGUUUGUCGAUGUAUGAUACAUCGAUUAGCCAUGAUGCAGGCAAAUAAAUGUGAACGGAAGAACAUGAUCGAGCAUUCCAUACUACGAAAGAUGAAUACCGUCGUCAUCACAAGUUGAUCUCUGGUGAUGCAAGAAUUGGAGGUUUAUCGAUGUAUGUUACAUCGAUUAGCCAUGACGCAGGCAAAGAAAUAUGAACGGAAUCGAGCAUUCCGUGUCACGAAAGAGGGAUACUGUUUUCGUCUGGAGAAGAUUACUGGAUUUUAUGUCAUGGAAUUAUUCAGAUGUUCACAUGUAAUGGUAGAGUGAUCAAGUUGAAAAACACACUUGAAGAUGAUAGCUACUUGGUUGUUUUGAUUCAAGGCCUAGAAAUUUUGUAGCUAGUAAAAUGUUACAUAUUUGUGGUAAAUUAUAUUCGUGAUUUACAAGGUUUUUUUUUUUAUUUAUUUAUUAUAUUCUCUCUAUCCCUUUAAAUUUGAUAUAUUCAUAAAUUAAGAUAAAUUUUAUGUGUAUUAGAUUACAUCAUGUUCUCA